AUGCCUAUCCGGCCCUGGAACGCCCUCAUAGGAGGAGUUUAUCACCUGUUGGCAGUAGUAAAUGCUGCAGCAACCUCAACUACGAGCUCCCUUCCCACAACAGCUGCAUACUAUGUCAGUGGGUCAACCAAGACAUUUGCCCAUACAACCCUGACUGCCACCGGAACCGAUGAAGCAGUCAUAAUUGUCAAAGAGACAGGCGUUGCUACACUGUCUGAUGUGACACUAGUCAAGACUGGUAACACGACCAGCAGCGAUGACAGCUCCUUCACGGAUCUCAAUGCCGCAGUCGGUGUGGAGACCAAUGGCACGAUUUAUAUUACAGAAAGCACCAUCACCACCAAUGGCUUGAGUGCCAAUGGACUACACACCUAUGAGGACGGCGCCACCGCCUAUCUCUCCAAUGUGUACAUUCACGCGGAAGGAGAUGGUUCACAUGGCAUCUAUACCGCAGGGGGAAUCAUCUACGGCGACAAUCUCAAAAUCUAUACGUAUGAUGGCCAUGGCAGUGCCAUCGCCACUGACCAAGGCGGCGGUCUCAUUGUGGUAGAGGACUCAGCCGCAUAUACAUAUGGUGCCCUCUCAGCAUUGGUCUAUUCCACUGGAAAUAUCACAGCUCGUUCCCUUACUGGCACUUCAGCCAUUGCUCCUGUGGCAUGUAUUGAUGGAGCAAACUCGUUUACCUUGACCGACUGUGAUCUUUCCUCCGGAACGGAGAACAAUGGUGUAUUUCAGAUCGUGAGCACAGUCUCGAGCAGCACAACGGAAACCGCUUAUGCCUAUGUGAACGGUGGCUCUGUAUCCGAGACCAAUGGUACCUACGCCUUGCUCUUUGUGGCCAACAUCGAGGCCUAUGUGUACUUGACCGAUGUCACCAUCUCCAUACGAUCGGGAAUCCUAGCCAAUAUCACUGCUGACAGCGACUGGGGUACUUCGGGGGAGAACGGCGGCACUGCCCAUGUGUAUCUCACGGGGAUUGAUGUCAUCGGCGACAUCUACGUGGAUGACAUCAGCGCGAUCAAUUUGUACCUGAUCGGGUCAAGUUGGACAGGCGCGCUGAACGAGGCGAACACGACGGGGUCUGCAUCCGUGUAUCUGGAUUCCAGCAGUACUUGGACACUAACGGGGGAUUCCAAUGUCGAGAGCAUCAGCCAGGCGAAUGGGUCCAGCAUCAUUACUGGUCAAUAUCGAGUAACGGAGAUUGCUUAGAGGGAAAUAUACUGCCGAGCAGGGGCGAUGCUAGGGCAGAAUAUCCCCGUGUAAAUAAUCAUCAGAGGAGUAGCAUCCAAGCU